AUGGACGACGAACCGACAAUGCUCUACAUGCACGAGAACAUCCUAAAACCGUCGUUUCUGGGUGAGUUCGUAGGCAUGAAGGACAUGCUAGCUACGACUAUUAUCGAUGUGUGCUGUACCACUGAGACACUCACUAUGAUCAUCGAGUACUUGUACACCGGAGAGUACAGUCCUACAAUCCAGGAUAUCAAGCUCAUGCAUCCCGCUGUACAAGAUCUUGAAGCGAAGAGACAAUUCGGAGUGUUCGAUAUUGAUGGAGCCGCUGAUGACGAAAAGCUGCUGAACCUGGUCAUGAGCAAGCUCGACGCCUGCCAAAUAUCCCCCAGUACAUUUUUUUUUAUCCUUGAUGAAAGUACUGAUGGACGUAAUGUGCAAAUGGUACUGUGGUGCAAGAAAUGGAUCAAGGCACAUCGUGAUGAGUUCUGCGCUUCAGACGAGUUCAACAACCGGGUCAUGAAGGGAGGUCGGCUCGCAAAAUCAGUAGUGGAGCUUUUAAACUCCUCGUUCCAACCUAGUCUUGAAGGAGGCAACCCCCCGAAAAGAGAACUUGAACACGAAGGCGAGAGUGAUGGUCGCCCUUCCAAGGCACCGAGGCAUGGCGAGUCUACGACCUGA